AUGAGAAUCUAUCUCAAACCGACAGUCAUACUUGUUGUUGUUCUUGGUGUCGUAUGUCUACUCUGGACAGGCACAUGGAUUUGGUGGCGACAACACAGGCAACCUGUAACUAGUUUUACAUAUCCAACACCAAAAUCUAAUUUGAAUGACUUGGAACAAGCGAUUCUUAUGGAUAAUCGAUUUGUGUCGACUUGCCAACAUUUUGCCCAAGGCAAACAAUUACUUGUUGUUGAUAGUAAAGGGUACCUGUGCCAACGACGACACUUAGACAAAACCAACGGCUGUUGUCAAACAAUAUCAUCCUCCAUUCUCGGACCAUAUAUCUGUGAUAAUUGUACAUUGUCAACGUAUUGUUGUAAUUCAUUUGAACAUUGUAUAUCUUGUUGUCUCAAACCUGAGCAUCGUAUUCAUCUUCAACAUUACAUUCGUUCACGUGAUUUAAAGACCAAAUUACUCCUGUCACAUUUAUCAACACCAUUUGAUGUAUGUUUAUCACGUUGUCGAACACAUAGUCACAUAAUUAAAACUAUGAUUGAUUCGGAUUGUACCAACGAGGAAGAAAAGCAAAUAGAAAGAAUUCCACGGUAUUUGCCAUUUCGAAUUCAAUGGCUCGACUCAUGUUAUCAACAAACAUGUCUACCGGAUAGUCCAUGGCAUCGAAUUCUUGAUGAACUCGAACCAGCGCUAUCAAACAGAGUGCGACAACAAUUCAAUAAUUCUCAACGUCGACAAAUGCUUAUAGAAUUGCUUGGUGCACAGUUUCAAAAGAAGUUCUUCAGAACUGAACUAGACAAUUCCUCGAUCUUAAAUGUUUCUGCUAUGACGAAAGAACAACGAUGUAAACUUGAAAAUGAAGCUAAAUCAUGGUUACAGAUACAAACUUUGAAAGCAGCAUCAGAAAUCGGCGCUGCAAAGAAAGACAUUGAUGAAACUACUCAAUCGUCUGCUGAGAUGGCAGAAUUCCUCGAAUAUACAAAUCAAGUUGUUUGGAAAGGGCUCGAACGUUAUUUGUAUCAAAUACAGCAGAAAGAAUUUCAAGAACACGAGACACAAAAGUUACACGAAAUGAACCAAAUCAAACGUUAUAGUGAAUUAACAGGUGGUUCAAAACUUCGAUUCAUAUUACGCGAUUCGCGAACCAAUUCAAGAAAAUUACCAAUGAUUCAUGAAUCACCAUCGACUGUUCAUCCAAUGACCUCGCAGUACAGUAACUUAAUAUCCGAAUCAAUCAUAGCAUUACUCAAGCAAGAUCUACGUCGCAUAACAUUUCUGAAAGAGAAACUAUUUGGACAACAAUUACCGGUUGCACUUCGACAAAUCAGUUGGACGGAAUGUUUAUUCCGAUUUGAAAAGAAACCACAUGAAUCUGAUCUUAGUUUUGUUGAGUUGAAGACAAGACGAGAUUUCGCAAGUGGCAUCACACGCGGAAAAAACGAACUUAAACUUUCGAAUCCAUUAAAUACUCCGAUGAAAAAUCUCAUUGAAAACGAUGUUAUCGAAACAUAUGGCAAAAUUCGUGCACUUCAGCCGUAUCUUGAAGAGUAUCAUUUACGAUUUACCAUCAAAAUCUUGAAUGUUCUAUACACGUACAAAAAAUCCUAUGAAAUUUAUUAUAUUUAUUGGUUAUUACCAUUUCAGCUGACUUAUUGUGAUGAAGAAAAUAAAGAUGAAAAGAUUUAUGUGAUCGGUAUGCACUUAGACUUAUUCAUUCGACAUUGCUUUCCGACAUGGCCUGAAAUCUACACGAUUGCUAGUAAAAUUAUCAGUGAUAUCUCUAUUAAUGAUUCAGGAUUUUAUAAUCAUUUGAAAAAGAUAUCAAGACUGAAUGCAAAAAUCAACGUCAAAGAUUUUCCCAUGGAAAUUCUGUCGUUAAAUGAUAAACAAACGAAGUGGAAGAAAGUUUAUGACCAAGAACUAAUGACUGAUCCUGUUAUUUUUCUUCGAAAGUGGAUCUGUGAAAUGUUCGUGGGAAUUCUUAAUUCGAAUAGCGUACUCUACUUAUGGGAUCAAUUUUUCAUGGUCAAAUGGGAAUUGAACUAUAUUGAACAUGCAUGUCGAGCGAUAGUGUAUCUCCUUCGUGAUAAAUUUAUGUGCGCUGAAAACUAUGAAGAAAUGCGAAGAGUUUUUCUCGAUGAGCCAUGCUUAUUAUAUACAUCGGACAUUCAGACAGCGUUUGUGCAUCUGGCAUUGAAACAGGAUGAUCCAAAAUACAUUCCGGCAAUGAAUCAACGUAUACGACCAAUGAAAUCACUGGACAAUAUUGAAAUUCGAUCUAAUAAACAAACGAUUUACUUGGAAUCUGUUGGUAUAGAACAUAUUUCAUUGACGUUGAUCACACCAUUCACGAAAGAUCCUCGACGAGAAGUUCACUGUAAAUCAAUCACUGUUCAGAUAGACAUAUAUGGCGGUGGAGAAAAACUAGGAUCGACUACGACAAAGUCAGCUCCCAAAAUCCGAAAACGCGAACGAUAUAAACCUAGCUGGGAAAGAUUAUUCAUUGACAUGACAGAUGAGAAAUUAAUUCUACCAGCUCAGCAAACCCGUCAAUCAUUGAUACCGAUUCGAAUUCAAGCGCUGAUCACUGUUUAUGAACAAAUAGAUCCCUAUACAAAACCAAUUCUCGGUCACUGUCGGUUUCCACUAUAUAUUCCACAAAAAAUUGGCAAUCUCGAUACAUGGGAUGUAACUUGUGGACCAGUUCAACGUGCUUUACACGCCGGUUUACCUCCGUCUUCUAUCGAUAUGAUACCCGACACUCCGAAAACAUCCGCUUCAGAUAGAAUUGGCUCGGCAACAUUAAUUUAUUCCGUCUGCAAUUGUCGAUAA